UUUUAAAUUGUAUUGAAGUAUUAUAAAAUACUUAGAACAAGUGUAAUAAAUAAUAAUUUCAUUGUCGCAAAUGCGUGACUACUUAGCUUACAACAACACGUGGGAAAACGCGGCUGAGAGGCAUUGUUGGGAACAAAACUGUCAUGAGCUUCAGAGGUAGAGGUAGAGGUGGAGGUGGAGGUUUCCGAGGUGGAGGAGGUGGAGGUGGAGGUUUCCGAGGUGGAAGAGGUGGCGACAGAGGCGGUUUUCGCGGUCGAGGUCGCGGAGGCUUCAACAAUCAAGACUUUGGACCUCCAAGCGAGGUUGUCGAGCUAGGAGUGAUGUCUCAUCCCUGUGAAGAGGAGUUGGUGUGCAAGAGUACUAGUGAGAGCGUUCCUAUGUUUAAUGCCUAUGUGUACCUGGAGAACAAACAACUGGUUGGGAAAGUAGAUGAAAUUUUUGGUCCCAUUCGAGAUUUCUUCUUUUCGGUAAAACUGAGUGAGAAUAUGAAGUCAUCAUCAUUUACCAAGAAUACCAAAUUUUUUGUUGAUCCUGGUCGCCUGAUGCCGCUGGUAAGGUUUCUUCCCAAACCUGCUGGUCAAGGUGGUGUGACAAAAAGGCGACCUGACCGUGGUGGUAGAGGUGGUGGUCGAGGAGGUGGCGGCUUCCGUGGUAGAGGAGGUGGCUUUGACCGAGGACGAGGCGGUGGCUUUGACCGCGGAAGAGGUCGUGGUGGUGGAGGUUUCAGAGGUCGUGGUGGUGGAGGAGGCAGAGGAUUCAGAGGGGGGCGAGGGGGCCAGUAGUUUUAAUGGAUUGUUGUUUUAGGUAUGCAUGGUGAAUGCAUGCGAUGUGGAUGUUGGAAUUUGUGUAGUUUCCAAUAAAUAUUUUUCUAAAUCAUAAAUUUUGUUUUACUUGUGACAAAAAUGGGAUUGUAGCCUGAGACUUUUCCUAAACACAUUUUCUCCAGAUGUUUCAUUGCCUUUAACAAAAGUUAAAUGUGUUCAUUCAAGACCAUCUGCAGCUGCACAUUAUCUGACAAGAAUACUUUUAUUUUUGACAACCAUAAAUAGGUGAUUUCAGUACUUUUGACUUCACCUGGUUGCAUUUUUUUUCUGUUUUAAAUGCGUUGGUUGUUCACAAAAACUUGAAUGAUUGUUGGGAUAGUAAAGCUUACACUAGAGUGCUA